GCCAAGUUAACAAAGAUGUAGUCAAACAAUAAGAGAGAGUUCCCAUGGCCACUUCCAUGUCUUCCAUCUCACUCUCUUGUUCCAUUUUAAUUUUUCUUCUUACUUUGCAUCCUUGUUGUUGUUCGCUAAAAACUUUUGAAACACACAAUAUUAAAAUCGUUUCUUUUCUGCCUUUGGAUUACUGCAACCAAUCUUCUCCAGUGCAUCAUCGAGGUUCAUCUUUAAAAAUAGAGCACAGGCACGGUCCAUGUGCCUCACUGACGAAUGACAAGAGGAGGGCCAAAAAAUCUCCCUCCCAUGACGAAGAAAUGCUGCUUCAAGAUCAACUUCGAGUGAAGUCAAUGCACGCCAGGUUUUCCAAUAAAAACGCCGGAAGCCACUUUAAGGAGAUGCAGGCCGAUAUACCUGUCCAGUCCGGAAUCCCCCUCGGCGCAGGCAAUUACCUUGUCAAAAUGGCUCUUGGGACUCCCAAACUGUCUCUUUCACUCGCUCUCGACACUGGCAGUGACAUUACUUGGACCCAAUGCGAGCCAUGCGUUGGGUCUUGCUAUCGACAAGCACAAACUAAGUUUGAUCCCAGGAAGUCAUCCUCUUACAAGAAUGUUUCUUGUUCUUCAUCAUCUUGCAGAAUAAUCACUGACUCGGGUGGCGCAAGAGGUUGCGUUUCCUCAACAUGCAUAUACAAAGUUCAGUAUGGCGAUGGCAGCUACUCCGUGGGCUUUUUCGCUACUGAAAAACUAACCAUAUCACCAUCAGAUGUGAUCAGCAACUUCUUGUUCGGAUGUGGCCAACAAAACGCUGGCCGCUUUGGCCGAAUUGCAGGUUUAUUGGGACUUGGUCGUGGCAAAUUGUCCUUAGCAUUACAAACCUCCGAGAAAUAUAAUAAUCUCUUCACUUACUGUUUACCAUCCUUUUCUAGCUCAAGCACCGGUCACCUCACUCUAGGCGGCCAAGUCCCAAAGUCAGUGAAAUUCACUCCAUUAUCACCAGCUUUUAAAAACACGCCUUUCUAUGGCAUUGACAUCAAGGGACUAAGUGUUGGUGGUCACGUACUACCCAUCGAUGCAUCAGUUUUUAGUAAUGCGGGUGCUAUCAUCGACUCUGGUACAGUCAUCACUCGGUUGCAGCCAACAGUCUACUCUGCACUAAGCUCAAAGUUUCAACAACUCAUGAAAGAUUAUCCCAAGACAGAUGGAUUCUCCAUUUUGGACACAUGCUAUGAUUUCAGUGGCAAUGAAAGUAUAUCUGUGCCCCGGAUUAGCUUUUUCUUUAAAGGUGGGGUUGAAGUGGACAUAAAAUUUUUUGGAAUUCUGACAGUAAUAAAUGCAUGGGACAAGGUUUGCCUGGCUUUUGCACCAAAUGAUGAUGAUGGUGAUUUUGUGGUUUUUGGAAACUCUCAGCAACAGACUUAUGAUGUCGUUCACGAUCUAGCUAAGGGAAGAAUUGGAUUUGCCCCCAGUGGUUGUAACUAAGCUUAAUUAGUUCCAACAGGAACUAUAAAUAUUGGAAGAACAGGACAUAAAAUAAAUGAGGCAAUAGGAUAUAUAUAUAUAUAUGUGUGUGUGUGUGUGUGUGUGUGUGUGUGUGUAGAAGCAGCUGAAUAACCAUGAGUCUUAAAGGCUCAAAAAUAAAUAUUGUAAGCAUUGUGAGUAUGGAUUUGGUAGUGGUUAAGAGUAUUGAAUAUGGAGAACGAAGAGCUGAAUACAGUGAAGGCGGUAGUCCAGUAAUGUAGUUCCUGAGGCUAUAAUGGCUUUCAGGGAAGAAGAAGUAUUGGAAGAAAUGUCUAGUUUUUGUUGGCCAAAAGUCAUGCCAGUAAUAAUGGCGACAUAGUAACUAGCAUGUGCAUUUCACCAAUCAAUUAUCGCAGUUACAUCUUGCAAA